AUUUCGCUUUAUUUGGAUUACGCGUAACACCUCACAAUCUUCGGUUUCCUAAUCAAUAAAAAAAAUAAAUAAUAAAAAAAACUGAAAAAUUUCACUUAAAGACCCAAAGAUAUAAAAUAUUAAUAGUGAAUCAUGUCGAAUAACAAAGAAACAUCAGAGAAUAUUUCUUCAACAUCGGGUAGUGAAAAAAAAUAUAAAAAAUACUCGAGAAUUUUUCCAGAAACAGAAGGAGAUGAUAUAGUAAUUUCGGGAAUCUCUGGAAAAUUUCCAAAUUGUCAUAACACUGCAGAAUAUGAAUAUAAUCUUUACAAUAAGAUUGACAUGGUCGAUGAUGACGAACGUCGUUGGCGUCAUUUUAAUCCAGAAAUUCCCAAACGCUCUGGAAAAAUCUACGAACUUGAGAAAUUCGAUGCCACUUUCUUUGGCGUGCACUUCAAACAGGCCCAUACAAUGGAUCCUCAAACCCGUAUAUUAAUGGAGAUGGCAUAUGAGGCCGUCAUUGAUGCUGGAAUCAAUCCAAAGACUUUGCGUGGCACCAAAACAGGAGUCUACAUUGGUUCUUGUAUUUCAGAAUCGGAGAAAACUUGGUUUUAUGAAAAAGUAUCAUCGGGUGGUUUUGGUAUAACGGGGUGCAGUCGUGCUAUGUUGGCAAACAGAAUUUCUUAUGCGCUCGGCCUGCACGGUCCCUCUUUUCUUGUGGACACUGCCUGUUCAAGUUCGAUGUAUGCCCUGGAUAAUGCCUUUACCGCUUUGCGAAAUGGUGAAAUCGAUGCCGCCAUAAUUGGCGGCGCAAAUUUAUUAUUGCAUCCAUUUGUUACAUUACAGUUUGCCAGACUUGGUGUUUUGGCUUCUGAUGGUUUCUGUCGCCCAUUUGACAAGGAUGCAAGCGGUUACACUCGUUCAGAAGCUAUCAAUUGUAUGUUUCUACAGCGCAAGCGAAAUGCCAAACGUGUGUAUGCAACUGUAGUGUACUCGAAGACCAAUUGCGAUGGUUAUAAGCCCGAGGGUAUUACAUAUCCCUCUGGUAAAUUGCAAGAACAGUUGCUAAAUGAAUUUUACAAUGAAGUCAACGUUAGCCCGAAUGAGCUGGGUUAUUUGGAAGCACAUAGCACAGGUACUGUAGUUGGAGAUCCGGAGGAAUGUCGUGCUAUUGAUAAUGUGCUUUGUAGUCAACGUUCAUCGCCGUUAUUGGUAGGUUCUGUUAAAUCGAAUGUUGGUCAUUCUGAAGCAGCUUCGGGUGUCAAUUCAUUAAUAAAGGCAUGUUUUGCUUUCGAAAAUGGAAAAAUUCCACCCAACAUUAACUUUGAAGAAAUCAAACCAGAAAUUUCUGCAUUGGCGGAAGGAAGGUUGGUUGUAGUGAAGGAUGUUAUGGACUUGGAGAAACCGUACAUCGGCAUAAAUUCAUUUGGCUUCGGUGGUGCCAAUGCUCAUGCCUUAUUGAAAGCCUUCGAGAAGUCCAAGCUAAAUAAUGGUGUACCUGAAGAUGAUAUUCCACGUUUAGUAACGUGGGCUGGUAGGAAUGAUCAAUCUGUAAGCACUAUUCUGGAUGCCAUUGAAAAACGUCCUUUAGAUGCAGAAUUUAUAGCUCUCUUGCAAAACAUACAAAAUGAUGAAGUUUCUGGUCUGGUUUUUCGCGGUUUUGGUAUUUGUUGUAAAAACGGUCAAGAUCCAGCCACAGUUUUGGUUAGAGAUGUACAACAUUAUACUGGAAUAAAAAGACCUAUCGUAUGGGUGUUCAGUGGUAUGGGAUCGCAAUGGUCACAAAUGGGAUCAUCCUUAAUGAUUAUUCCUCAAUUCCGACAAUCCAUCGAACGCUGUCAUGCAGCUCUUCUACCCAAAGGUCUUGAUCUCAUUCAUAUUUUGACAUCGGAUGACCCAGCUGUUUUCGACAAUAUUUUGCAUUCAUUUGUUGGUAUUGCAGCCAUUCAAAUCGGUUUAGUGGAUGUCUUGAGAUCACUUAACUUGGAACCAGACUAUAUUAUUGGACAUUCUGUAGGCGAACUCGGUUGUGGUUAUGCCGACGGUGGUUUUACCCCUGAACAAAUGAUUCUGGCAUCUUACUACCGUGGAAAAGUCAGUUUAGAAAUCGAAAAAAUAAAAGGUUCUAUGGCGGCCGUUGGCAUUGGCUUCAAAAAAAUGGUUAGUUUGUUGCCAAGUGCAAUUGAAGUAGCCUGUCAUAAUGGCGCUGAUUCAUGCACAAUUUCUGGACCUGCUGAUGAUGUCGCCAACUUUGUGGCUGAACUUAAAUCCAAGGACAUAUUUGCAAAAGAAGUCCCUUGCUCGAAUAUUGCUUACCAUUCCCGUUAUAUAGCACAUAUGGGUCCACAACUGCUAAAAUAUUUGCAGCAAACUAUUCCCAACCCUAAACCAAGAUCUUCGAAAUGGCUUAGCUCCAGUGUACCGAAAAGUGAAUGGGAUCAACCAGGCCGCAAUUUGUGCUCAGCGGAAUAUCAUACAAAUAACUUAUUAAGCAGCGUGCUUUUUGAGGAAACAUUCGCUCUUUUGCCCAAAAAUGCUUUAACUAUCGAAAUUGCUCCUCAUGGUCUUUUACAGGCUAUUUUAAAACGCUCAAUGCCUGGUGGUAUUCAUAUUCCACUGACGCAACGCGCAAAUAAAAAUAACGGACUUUUUUUCCUAACAGCUCUCGGAAAGCUUUUUACAAGUGGCAUUAACUUCCCGGUACAAAAUCUUUAUCCAAAAGUAGAAUUUCCAGUCUCUCGUGGCACACCCGGUAUUAGUUCAUUGGUGCGUUGGGAUCAUAAGGAAGACUGGUUUAUAACAAAAUACGAAAACAUGAAAACAAAAUCAAGUGGAGAACGUACUUUCACUGUUAAUUUGGGCAGCGAUGAUGAGGAGUAUAUGACUGGCCAUGUAAUUGAUGGAAAAAUAUUGGUUCCCGCGACAUGUUAUCUUCAGUAUGUAUGGGAAACUUUUUCUCUUAUGUACCAUGGUCCGAGUUUUAUGGAUGUACCAGUUGAAUUUGAAGAUGUUAAAUUCCUGAGAGCAACAAAUAUAAAUGCAAAGAAUAGCGUAGAUUUGACAGUUAUGAUUCACUAUGGUACUGGUAACUUUGAGAUUACUGAAUCAGGAGCUGUGGUAGUAACAGGAAAGAUUUCCGAAAUAGAAAAUCCAACGAUUCCAAAAGUGAAUAACUUUAAAGAAUCAUCAGAUUUUCCAAUGGUCUCGAAGAAGGACUUUUAUAAGGAAUUAAAAUUGCGCGGUUAUCACUACAAUGGCACGUUCCAAGCUGUACAGCAGGCACGAGGUGAUGGGCUCUACGGCAAAGUUGAAUGGAAAUACAAUUGGGUGACAUUUAUGGAUGCCAUGCUGCAAAUACAUAUAUUAGGAUCUGACUCUCGAAGCCUUCUGUUGCCAACUCAAAUUCGUAAACUACGUAUUUAUGGCCUUCACCACUUUAAUCUAAUGGCCACUAUGGAUCCCGAGAAUCGUAUAUUUGAUGUUUAUGUUGAUCACGAUUCGAAGAGAAUUGUUGCAGGUGGAAUUGAGUUGAUCGGUUUGCAUGCUAGUCCGGUGCAACGCCGCAAGCCCCCAGGAGUUCCAGUAUUGGAAAAGUACAAUUUUUUGCCUCAUUUCCCCUCACCUGUAGUGAGUGAAGCUGAUGCGGCUCGUAUCUGCGUUCAGCUGGCUUUAGAGAAUACACCAUCAUUAAAAAUGAAAAUUGUUGAAGUCGAUACAGAUGGACGAUUGCCUAUUCUAUCAAACUUUUUAGAUUCUGUGGAAGAUUUACCAGUUAUAACAGGAGAUUACAUGUUCCUUUCCAGUCAGAUUCCCACAGAUGUACCAGCAGCUAUACACAUUGAAAAUGGUAAAAUCUCCACACAGUCUAAUUGCAACUUUAUUAUUGUCGGCGGCUUAGGUGGCCAGAUGAAUGAGGAAACAAUAAAAGCGACCAAUAAAUCAUUGAUAGACAGUGGGUAUCUAGUCGUUCGGGAGCGCACUACUUCAAACAUAGACAACCUGAUUAUUCCAGAACAUUUCAAAAUGCUGGCUGUCAUGCCACUCGACAAUAAUGAAGAGGUUAUUUUGCUGUUGCAAAAAACAAAUAAAAAGUUCAAUCUCGAACCAUUGGUAAUAGAGGUUAGUGAAUCUGAUCACGAAUUCGAGUGGUUGACACAAGUACAACAGGCCAUUACCAAUAAAACACCUGUUGUGGUUUAUGCAUUCAAUGAGAAGCUUAAUGGUCUAAUUGGUCUAGUAAACUGUUUACGAAAAGAGCCCGAUGGCAACUUGAUUACUGGUUUCUUUGUUGACGACCUGAACGCUCCCUCGUUUAGCCUCAGUGAUCCAUUCUAUGGCAACCAGUAUGCAUUAAGACUGGCUAUCAACGUUUACAAAAAUGGUAAAUGGGGUUCUUAUCGUCAUCUUCAGCUUAAAAUGGAAGAACAAUCCAUUGCCAGGGCAGAUCAUGUAUAUGGAAAUGUUCUACAGCGUGGAGACUUGUCGUCUUUCCGCUGGUUUGAGGGACCAAUGGAUCCUAAAAACUGUGCUGUUAAGGUGGUAUAUUCGUCAAUUAAUUUCCGUGACGUGAUGCUGGCGACCGGUCGUUUAGGUGUUGAAUUGUAUACCUCUAGUAGAUUUCACCAAAACAGCCUUUUGGGCAUUGAGAUUGCAGGUAUUGAAACAAAAACGGGACGUCGUAUUAUGAGUAUGGUUGCUAAGAGUGGCGUUGCUUCUUAUAUUGAAAAGCCAUCCAAGUUGUAUUUCGCAGUACCAGAUCAUUGGUCAUUGAAAGAAGCAGCUACCGUACCCGCGGUCUACAUUACCGUCUACUACGCUUUCUUCAUGUGCUCUGAUAUACGUAAAGGUAAAAGCAUCCUCAUACAUGCCGGUUCGGGUGGAAUUGGCUUAGCAGCUAUACGAACAGCCUUGGCCUACAAUAUGGAAGUAUUCACAACUUGCAGUACACCACAGAAAAAGAAAUUCCUUCUUGAAACAUUCCCUCAACUAAAAGAAUCUCACAUUGGAAACUCUCGAGACACUUCAUUUGAGUAUAUGAUUCAGCGUGAAACCAAUGGAAAGGGAGUAGACUUUGUUUUGAAUUCAUUGGCUGAAGAUAAGCUCUUUGCAUCGAUACGUUGUUUGGGCUUAUGUGGGCAUUUCCUCGAGAUAGGUAAAUUUGACAUGGCGAAUGACAGCAAACUUGGUAUGAGUUGUUUCCUUAAGGAGCUAACAUUCCAUGCUGUUUUGGCUGAUCGUUUGGUAAAUGCUUCCGAUGAAGAAAUUAGGCAUUUGAAAGAAAUAAUCGAAAUUGACAUAGCCAAGGGCAUUAUACAACCUUUGCCAUCAACUGUAUUCCAAGCGCCUCAGAUAGAACAAGCAUUCCGUUUCUUAGUCGGAGGCAAGCACAUAGGAAAGGUAAUCAUUCAGGUUCGUGAAGAUGAAGAAUCAAUAUGCACAAAGCCGGUUACUGCCUUGAAACAAGUAUAUUUCAAUGCAGAUUUGAGCUAUAUAAUACCCGGAGGUCUAGGAGGUUUCGGGUUGGAGUUGGCAGAUUGGAUGGUUCUACGUGGUGCUAAAAAUAUAGUUUUAAGCUCAAGUAGAGGAAUUACAAAAGACUAUCAAUCCUAUCGCAUUUCUUUGUGGAAGACUUAUGGAUGUUCUAUAAAGGUUACAACUAGUGAUAUAACAACAUAUGAAGGCUGUAGCAAAUUAUUAGAAGAGGCGGAAAAAUUGGCUCCGGUUGGCGGCAUUUUCAAUCUGGCUGUUGUUCUGCGUGAUGGUAUUUUUACAAAUUUGACUAAAGAUACAUUUGCAGAGAGCUUUGCUCCGAAAGCCAUUGCAACAAAAUAUUUGGAUAAAUUAUCCCGUGCAAAAUGUCCCAAACUAGAGCAUUUCGUUGUAUUUUCCAGUGUGUCAUGUGGUCGUGGAAAUGCUGGUCAGACCAAUUAUGGUAUGGCCAAUUCUAUAAUGGAAAGAAUAAUAGAGGAUCGUGUUGCAAAUGGCUAUCCAGCGAAAGCCAUACAAUGGGGUGCUGUUGGGGAAGUUGGUCUUGUGGCUGAUAUGGCUGAAGACAAGAUUGAUAUGGAAAUCGGUGGCACUUUGCAACAGCGCAUUUCUUCAUGUUUGCAAGAACUCGAUAAACUCAUGUCUGUCCCAGAUGCCAUUGUGGCAAGUAUGGUGGUAGCCGAAAAACGCGUCGGACGAUCAGGCGGCGAGAGCAUUGUCGAAACGGUAAUGAAUAUUAUGGGAAUUCGAGAUCUAAAAUCCGUAUCUUUAGGAACUACGUUGUCAGAAAUGGGAAUGGACUCAUUGAUGGCGGUAGAAAUUAAACAGACCUUGGAGCGAGAUUUUGAACUAGUUCUCUCACCUCAAGACUUGCGCUCUUUAACAUUCCAGAAAUUGCAAGAGUUUGCUGAUGCACGUGAACGUGAUAAUACCGACGUAGUUAAAAUGAUAUUUGCCUCUGAAGGUAAAGAGCAGGCAAUGGACAUGUUACUGCGUAAUCUCGGUGAUGAAGCCAAUUGCAAUGAGAUCUUGGUACAACUAAACACUGCCGCAGAUGCUUCAAAAAUUAAUAUGCCUCCAACAAUUGUUAUACCGGGCUUGGAAGGUACCGCAGGUCAAGCUUGGUACAAGAUCGGAAGUCAGAUAAUUAGUAGGGCUAAUGUUUUGCAAUUGCAUAGUUUUGCUGAGCUGACAACGGUGAAAGAUAUUGCAGAAGCCUCAUUUGAACAUGUAAAAUCACUUUUGAGUGCCUCACAACCAUUUUACAUUAUCGGCUACUCGUUUGGUACAUAUGUUGCUCUACAAUUGGUUGCACUACUUGAAAAGGCCGGCUACCGCGGACAACUAUUACUAAUCGAUGGUGCUCCUCACUUCCUAACCAAACUUACCCGACUUCAGUUGAGUGAAGACUUCACUGAUAAUGAUUUGUAUGAUUUGUUACUUUCCCAUAUUUCGAGCCUCAUCUUCCCAGAAGAAACAAAAGAAUCAACUGGAUUAGUAUUCCAUAAGAUUCCUACAUUAGAGGGCAAGUUAGAGAAGUUUAUGGAAUAUAUAUCUAAACAAGACCUUUACAGCAAAGAAUACUCAAUUACCAUGGUCAAUGCAAUGUUCAGACGCAUUAAAAUGGCUGCAUACUACGAUACGGAAAAUAUUGAGGAAAUAAAAACACCAAUAACCCUAAUUCGCCCAGCUGAAGUAGCACUCCAGGACAUUGAAGAAGACUACUGUCUUUCCCGUAUUACCAGUGGAAAAGUCACCAUGAAGGUAAUCGAAGGCACCCACACUACCAUGUUGGACAACCCAAUCCUGCCUCAGAUAAUCAAUGACUUUGAUCCUGCUGUGAAGGAUGAUAAGAAUUUCGAAGAAUAUAUUCGCGAUGGUAAUCCCUCUAAAAUUUAAAUGAAUUUUUUUAGUUAUUUCCAAUUUUAGUUAUAUAGUUUAUUUAAAGUAAGUUAAAAUCAAGUGGAUCGAUCAAGUUAUUAUGAAUUACUUUACUAAUAGUACUUGUAUACAUACAUAUUAGAGAAAAAAAAUAAAUAAAUGGUAUUGUAAAAAAUUAAAAACUUAAAA